GUGCCUUUAUAGCUUUAAGAGGAGGGGGCGUAAUUUCCGGAGAUUAAAUGAGCGGUCACUUACAGUUGUUGCAUUUGGAAAGAAGCUUGUCCGUUUUGGAGGCGCCGGAAGGUGUGACUUUAAUCAUUGCAGAAUACUGAAGUAUUUUGAUCUCUCGCUUAAAUGCAAAUCCAUUUUAUUUGGUCACUGUACAAGUAAACAGUACAGAAUUACCACUCCGAUGUAAACUACCCGCAAACCAAGGGAAUGCAGGAAUAUACCGACGGCUACCUCCAUUGAAUGCAUAUGACUAUAUGACACUGUGCUUCCUCUUUCCUAUGAAUGCAAAAACAAAAACGAAUUCGGCUGUCGGAGGAUUGCUUUGCAUUUUGCCCUCUGUACCCGAGCAUGAUCUUCCUAGCUCGACUGGCAAAUCUCCGGAGAUCCGGGUACAAAGUGCUCGGCGCAAUGACCAAGUGUGUUUGUGCAGGGCAUCACACCGCUGGAACUAGGCUGCGGGUGCUGGUCGACAUGGACGGGGUGUUGGCUGAUUUCGAAGGCGGAUUCUUGAAAAAGUUCAGGGACACGUAUCCCAAAGAUCCCUAUAUCGAGCUGCAAGAUCGCAGAGGUUUCUGGGUUUCAACACAGUAUGGAGAAUUGCAUCCUGAUCUCUGUGAGAAAGCAAUAAGUAUAUGGGAGUCAAAGAACUUUUUCAUUGAACUUGAACCUAUUCCUGGUGCGGUGGAGGCUGUGAAAGAGAUGGCCAACGUGAAAGACACUGAUGUGUUCAUUUGCACCAGUCCAAUUAAGAAGUAUAAAUACUGCCCUUACGAAAAAUAUGCCUGGGUAGAGAAACAUUUUGGUAAAGAGUUUCUGGAGCUAAUGGUACUAACUCAGGACAAAACACUGGUAUCAGGCAAUUUGCUGAUAGACGACAAACCAGAUAUAUCAGGUGUGGAACCUUGUCCUAAAUGGGAGCAUGUACUUUUCUCAGCCUGUCACAAUAUGCAUAUACAAUUGCGACCCCCAAAAAGGCGGCUGCAUUCUUGGGAUGAUUGGAAACCACUACUUCACAGCAGACGACAAUGAUGACCUGAAUGGAGCCUGAAAUGUCUCAACGACAUGGAACAGUGAAAAGUAAUUGUCUGAUGCAGAACUCAAGGAAUGGCAUGUGAUGUUAGUUGAUAACUGCUGGUUAUUUUGCAUGCAAACAAUUUAUCGCCUUGUGUGAGGGAUUCUGGUUUUUUUUGUGUUUUCAUUGGUUUGGUACUUUUCAAUCAAAGUACAUUAUUUAGGAGAUGAUACAGGUUUGGUUAGAAUUCAAUAACAUGCUAGUAAUUGCACCAAUUUUCUAUCCCUUGCAAACAUUGUGUAGCAUGGUGUAGUUGUCAAAGCUGCCAAAAUAAAGAAUCAAACAUAAUCCCAUUCUGAAGAAGGGUCACAUGACCUAAACUGUUGGCUCUGCAUUCUCUCUACAGAUGCUGCCAGACCUGCUAAGUUUCUCCAGCAAUUUCUGUUUUUGUUUCAUAACAUUCAGCUGUUCUGUGGUAUUUAAUAUUUUGUAAGUUAGAGCUUCAACCAUGUCCAGAAAUACUUGACAAAAGGUUCAUCGUCAAAUAACAAACCCACCCAAUUUACUUAUUCACCAAUGUGUUGAUUUUAUUUUUUUGUACCUGUUGCUUUUCAAUUUUAUAUAAAAUUUGUUGCAGCGAUUAUCAGCUGUAUUACUGUGAUAUACAGUGAGUACUGCCACUGUUGCUCAUCAGAAAAUACUGUACAGUAAUCUGUCGCUGUUGUAAACUUGACAUCCCUGGUAGUGCAGUGGCAUCGUUACUGUCAAUUACAUUUAGUUCAUUUGAUGAUGACGCACACCAAAUAACGAUCCCCUACUCUCCCUACUACCAAAUAGACAUAAUAACUGGGAUAUCUGAAUCCAACUCAACCUUUGGAUGUUCUGUAAGGUAGGGUUGUGGUUACAUGCACAAAGAUUAUGCAAAAUUAUUUUCAAGGACUUUGUGCAGCAUUACAUUGGAAAUCCAACCAAUCCAAUAAUUUGAACACAAUCUGGUAUUAACUUCUUAACUGGCUCAUCCAAUUAAUUAGUAGUUAAACUGCCUUUUUGAUUACUCUGUGGCUGACAGUUGAAAGGAUAGAAAUGCACUGCAUAUUCAGAUAAAUUCAAACCAAGGAUUAUCAUUUACUUUUAAAACUAGCACAGUACAAAAUGUAAUUUUCUUAGCUCAUACUUCGCUUGUAAGUAACCAGUAAUGCCAGUGCGUGUGCACAACAAAAAGAAACUACUUUUCACCCAAAAUGAUUGGCAAAGAUGGCAGCUAAAAAAAAGCCUAUAUAUAUAUGUAAAACCUCUAUAAAGUCAGUUAAAAAUUAUAGAGUUGAAAUAUAUUUUAAUUUUGUAUGGUAUUUAAAUUUAUAUGGCACUGUAACUCAUUGCAUAUAUUGUAAAUAGAGGAAUGGUUAGCUCAGUGGUUGGAUGGCUGGUUUACAAUACAAAGUGACGCAAAUAGUAUGAACUCAGUUCCCGUACCACCUGAGGUCACCACGAAGAUCCUGCCUUCUCAGCCUUCUCAAUCUUCUCACACUCACCACCAGUUAUCUCUUCCUAAUAAGACAGCAGCCCUCUAGGACUAUGGCAACUUCACUUUUGUUGUCAAUCAGGUUACCAUUAACCCCCAUGGACUUCUAGGAUAGAUGAGGAUCCUGCUUGGUGUAUUAUCAAUGGUAGUAAAGCCAACAAAAACUUACUGAUUCUGGUGCUUUCUAGAAAACGGUUGAUGCUAGUGCCUUAUUUUCAAAUGUAUAUAAAAUGCUUGUAAAGAUAUAAACGUUUGAGCCACUAAAGGUUUAAAACAGUGCAUUGAAAGAACGUGUGGAAAUAUACUUAAUAAUAUGUCUAAGUUUAAAAUUGAUUCCAACUUUUUGCAUCAAAUGGGAUCAGCAAGCUCAAACGUUCGCAAUUGCCUUGAAAGUUUUAGAAAGAGCCUUUGGAAUGAAUUUUCUUGUGUCCUGUUCUCCAGAGUUCAAAGAGAUGUGCCAGUUUUUAUGUGUCAAGCGGGAAAUGAUAGAAAUAACACUACAGAACAAGCUGUUCACUUGACCACAUUAAGAGUGCAACCUGGUGACCUACCCAUCUCCAUUAGCAUUCUAAUGGUAUUUUAUAUAUACAUAAAAUUUGCACCAUAGAAAUGGGGCCACUCAGGCAGUGGGUCCAAGUUGGUAUUUAUGCUGCGCAAGCCUUUCCCCCACUUUAUUUCAUCUCAACAUAUCUCUCUUGCUUUUUUCCUCAUAUUUAUCAAGCUUUCCUUCAAAUACGUCUGUUAUCAAUCUCUGUCACCAAAUUAUCACCUGAAUUCUAUAUUGGAUUUAUUUUUGAAUAUAUUUAUGGCUCACAAUUUUGGACUCCCAUCACAAGUGGAAAUAUUUUCAUGAUGUCAUCAUGUAAGAACUGAUCUUUCUUUAAAUCAAACUAAAAAUAGCAUCAAAAUUCAAGAAAACUUUAUUGAUUUAUGCGCAUAGCACAUUGUUAGCAACUAAGAUUUCUCAUUACAUUUGAAGAAACUUUAAACAAAUAUCUAUCUAUUAUUUGUACAAUAGUCAAGAAUUUAUUCAUGUACAGAUCAAAGCAAACAGAUGCAUUCUUACUGUGUAAUCCAUACAGAACAAAUUCUAUAAUUAAUACAAUGAUGGCAUUGUCAAAACUCAAAUAGUUUAUACUCUUCCAGUUAUUUACAAAGUUAUUGAGGGGAAUAAUAGUAAAGCAAAUACAAACUAUUGAGGCCAUUAUGGAAAGCAGACAGAACAUGCUUGAAACUUCUUGUUGUUAUUAAUACAGUAUUAAAAUUUUACACAAGUUUCCUGUCACUACUAAACACUGGGAGAACUAUAUUGCAGUGAAGCAGACCUGUAAGAUUAGGUGGGAAUGAACGGAAAUGUAAAAGUUGGCAUAGUGUACCUAUUGACCUAGCAUAGCUGAAUAAUAUUUUGUCUCAAAAGCCUUUGUUGAGAAUUGUCAGGGGUGGGGGGGGAGUUUCCUUAAAACUCUGUGAACUCAGCAUUGCAUUAUUUGCUAUUUUCUGCAUGGCAUGAGACCUCAUCUAACUGUGCCCUCUCAGUAACCAGCCUUCUGAAAAUGUAUACAAAUCCUAACAGAAGAGGUCAUAAGAAUAAUCAAGGUUCUGACUCAUAUCAGAGAUUUAUCAGGUGUCAUUCAAUCCCAUUGUCAACAUAGUAUACCAGAAAUAAGGUUUUUGGUCCCAGAAAGAAUGAAAACUAACCCUCAGGUAGAAGUGGGCAAAAGGACAACAAUCAUUUGACAAAUGAGAACUUGUCCCAUGGCCUUUGGCUAAGAUGGGUUAUACAGGAGAAUGAAAUACUAUUGAUGGCCAGCCCCAAAAUAAGACAUAUUAACAGGUUGGGAAGGGAGGAAGGAGCAAGAAAAUCCAGGGAGAUGAGCCAACCACUUCCCUGCGAGAAUACUAGGAUUUCCCCUCCAUCAGCCUGAGGGAGGAGCAAAGACUAUUGUUACCGAGACCAUCCAAGAUUUAUCAGAGACCACCACAGAAAGCUGGAGGACCACUGGGAUGUGGGAGCAUGCCGCCUCUCCUCUCCCAUUCUACAGAAAAGCUCUGAGAUCAGAAAAGCAUCCUCAACUGUCACAGGAUGUAUAUUUCCCUUCCUAAUUAAUUAAUGUACCAUAUUCAAACUGCUGCUUCUCAAUGCAAAUCAGAAAGUUGUAAUAAAUCACCGACUGACUAUUUUAGGUAAGUAUGAUCAUGAACCUCGCAGAAUCAACACUCUUAUCUGGAACUCUGGACUCAGCAUGUUAUAGCUACUGUAAUCUGGACUAAAAACCAGCCACAACCUGCAGCUCACACAAUGACACUGCAUAGUUUUUGUGCAUUUUUACGUCAAUACUUUCUGUAGACAACAUCAAAGCACCUGUUAGUUUUAAAGUAUUUUAACGUGCAAAAGUCCAGUUUACAUUUAAUAAGUCUAGACAUUUGUAUCGACAUUGCACUAUGUUCUUUUGUAACUUUUAAUACAAAUGUUACAUUUUCAAAUUCUUAAGAAAUAUAACCUCUUUCUGUUUAAAACCUGUUGAAUGCACUUUCAAUGCACACGUAACUUAAGACUUACUAUAAAAUAACAAAGUACUUAUAGAAGUGUUUAUUUUUGUUUCUCCCGUCUCAUGAUUGGUCCCAACAGAAUUACUGAUAAAGUGCCAUGCUUUCUUACGGUUCAAGUUUCAGUUUGUACAUCCAGUAUUAUGGUUAACAACAAAAAGGAUUAGACUAGGUGCAGGGAAUGACCUAGCGACUUUUUCAGUUUGCACUAAUAGCUGGAAAACCCAACCUUUGUAGUCGUAGUCAGCAUACUCCUGAGACUUGAAACUUAUCAACACUUAUUCCACCUGAACGGCAACAUCCAUAAACAUAACUUGUGGAAGUCCUAAAUAUCCGCCAAGUGAGAUCAAUGCAUACUAGAGCUUUUGGCAAGAGUGGAAUCCGCUAUAAUAGGUUAAGGCACAGAAGACUUUUUGGAGCCAACUUCACAAAGUAGUCUUUGAUUUUGCAUUUUUGAUGAUAUAUAUUGACAGUCGAUGCCUAUCUCAUUGAUGUAAAUGUUGAAUGUGCUGGUGUAACAUGAUGUGCAUUUAGAAGUGUGAAACUCUUCUGAUAAACUGACAAUAAUGCUUAUAUCACUGUAGGAGUGAUGGUGAGAAUACAGUCAAUUUUUAAGCUUCUGCUGUGUG